GUUUAAAAAGUAGACCGCGGAGACGGACGAACAGCUAAAAUCCUCCGAGUUCGUUUUUCUCUCGAUGUUUGGUGAUCUAAAUGUUCGUCCUGGUGAUUAAAAAACAGCCCAAGUGAGUGAAAGUUGAUAUAAUAUCUAUUCACAUUAGAUUGUUGUGAUUUUAUUUGACUUUUCUUUGUCAAAGGCCGUUUAAGUAAAAUGAGUAUAUGCUUGCAUGUAUUUGGGGUUAGCAUGUUGUGGCUAAUGCUAACAACAAAGAUAAUAUUUGAUUCUUUUAAAACGAUAUUUUACUUUCAAUCAGCUGAUAUUUUAAUGGGAUCUUGUCGGUUUUUAAUAAGUGAAGGUUUCUUCUCUGUUUGUCUGACCUGAUAGAAACAUCUGACGGUGAUUUCAUCGAGUUUUUACAGCCGCGGAGACGAACUCCAGUCAAAAAUCAUCUAAUUUAAGACUCUUUGGUUUACUUCAAUUUCUGUUAUCAUCUACAGACAAUAUCUAGAUAAUAACCAAAGAGUUCAGACCUCCCCUGCAAAUUCGGCAUGUAUAUAAUCUUUAUCAAAUCUAUUUGUCUGGAAACAUUGACCCUCAGAUUAUUCUGAAUUUCUAUUGAAGACUGAAACGACCAUUACACUGUUUGAGGAAUUAAACCGAGUUUAUUCUGGAUUAAAACACAGAUUAGAAUAAAUUAAGGUGUCUAUAACUGACCUGAUAUUAUAACAGCUGUGACCAUAAUCUGUUCUCUCUUUAAUCACUUUUACCUUAAUUCGACUUUAUUGUCUUUUUAGCUUUUGUUUUAUUUAUAAUCUUUUCUUAGUUUACCUUUUUCGCCUCCUAUUGAUUUUGUUGUUUUUUUCCUGCUCGUUUUUGUUAUUCCAUUAUAUCAUUACAGUGACCAUCAUUAUUAUUUUGUUAUGAUUAUUAAUAUCCUCUUUUUAUAUUUACUAUCCAGUUUCCUGAUUUCUACCCCCUUUUUUAUUACAUCUCUUCUUCAUACCUAAUUUAUGUUUUUAUUUUGGUCUCAUUUUAUGUUAUAGCAUUCUUGUAUUUUCUAGGUUUCUUAUGGCAAAUGAAACUGACCUUCAAUUCAGAGGUUUUUAGCUGAGCUUUGGUUUUUAGUUCCUGAUGUUCUUUACGACUGUUUGUUAAAGCACUUUGUAAACUUCUGUUUUUAAAAGUGCUAUAAAAAUAAAGUUGUUAUUAUUAUUAUUAUUAUUAUUAUUAUUAUUAUUAUUACGUGACUGUUGAGGGUUUUUGCUGUGUUUGCAGAGAUGAUGGAGUCUUGUUUAGCCGGGAAACCGGAGAGGGUGGGGCCGGUGGAGGUGAAAGACAUCAGGAAGGAUCUGCUCAGUGAAUUUAUCGCUCUGCCAGCACAGGUACAUCCGUCUGUCUGUGAGCUUUUCUCUUGAACUGUGUGUUUAUCUGUGUUUAAGUGAAGGUGGGUCUCAGUGGUCUCUGUUCUCUGUGUCAUCAGGACUCGGUUCAGUCACAGUCAGAAAACCUGCAGGUCUACCUGAGGGUUCGACCUUUUACUGCAGCAGAGAGCGACAGUGAAGCUUCACAGGUAAUAACCGAUCACACACAUCGCCGUGUUGGGGAUUCACAUAUUUUUGCAGAUGCUGAUAUUUUCACACUCACUGAGACCGAUCCAUGUCCAUCAUUGUCCCGCUGACAGGAGGGUGACUGACGGUAAUGAAUUGAGUGGGCGGGGUUUGAAGCAGAGGCUGCUGACGUGUUUGUCAUCAGCAUGUUUUCAUUUUUCUCUCAGGAGUGUGUAACCAUCGAGGGGCCGGACACUGUGGUCCUGAGGGCUCCGAGGGCCUGUCAAUCAAACCGACAGAAUGAGAAGUCCCUCCCCCAAACAGCGCAGAAGUUCUCCUUCACAGGGGUAAAUAACAUCGCCUGUCUGUCCGUCCGUCCGUCUGUCUGUCUCUGUCUGUAAAUGUUGAAGCUGGUUUUUGCUCGGUUUCCUGUGUUUUAGUCUUUCUUCUUUUUCACGCUCCCCUGUUGUUGUCGUGUUGUCCAGGUCUUCGGUCCAGACUCCAGUCAGAGAAAGGUGUUUGAGGGUUCAGUUCGAGGUCUGGUCAGAGACGUUCUGGAUGGAGGAAACUGUUUGGUCUUCACGUACGGAGUCACCAACGCCGGAAAAACCUUCACCUUCCUCGGUCAGAAACACGACCCGUUUGUCUGACGUCUUUGUGUCCCACAGAUUUUAGAGUCGACUCUCAUCAGCUCAUCUCUCCUCUCUCAGGUCCGGACCAUGACUCGGGUCUGCUGCCGCGCUCUCUGUCCGUCAUCUUUAACAGCAUUGAAGGUCGUCUGUACAGCCGGAUGGACCUGAAGCCUCAACGCUGCAGAGACUUCAGCAGACUGACUCCAGACCAGCAGGCGGCCGAGAGCAGCAGCAAGAAGAACCUGCUGAGGCUGAUGAAAGAGGUCUCUUUCUCACACACGCACACACACACACAUGGAAACACACACACACGUGGAAACACAGUGUGAAGAU